GCUCGCAAAAACGGUGCACAUUUCCCGAUCGGACGUCGACCGGUACAGUUGACCCGUCGCUUUUGCUGGAGCUGUGAUCGACCAAAUCGGAACAAGCCGGAUCUUGGACCGCGUCGCCCCGUAUCGUGUGCAGUUUUGUUUCAAAUUGUUUUAAACCCCCCCCCCCCACCUCUCGCUCAUAAUAUUCUUAACGGUGCGGAUCAUGCGAGCGGAAGGCCCCUUACGUCGGUUCUGGUCGGCGCUGACGCGAAAGAAACAGAAUGAGGACGACGGUUCCGAGUCGAAGUUGGCCCGCGUCCUGACGCUGCUCGAUCUGACCGGGCUCGGUGUGGGCAGUACGCUCGGGCUCGGCGUGUACGUGCUGGCCGGUUCGGUCGCACGCGAACAGGCCGGCCCGGCGGUCGUCGUUUCGUUCCUGGUAGCGGCCAUCGCUUCCGCCAUUGCCGCCCUGUGCUAUGCCGAGUUUGCGGCCCGCGUACCGAAGGCUGGAUCCGCCUACGUCUACAGUUACGUGAGCAUCGGAGAGUUUACCGCAUUCACGAUCGGCUGGAAUCUGAUCUUGGAGUACGUGAUCGGCACGUCCAGUGUGGCCCGUGGUAUGAGCGGCUACAUUGACUCGCUGGUCGACAACAAGAUCAGCAAGGCGAUGCGCGAAGCACUGCCGAUCGACGUCGACUUCCUGUCGGACUAUCCGGACUUUUUCUCGUUCGUCGUGGUGUUGAUACUGGCCGGGCUGCUAGCGUACGGUGUGAAGGAAUCGACGCUGAUGAACAACAUCUUCACCGGGGUCAAUCUGAUCGUGAUCGGCAUUGUGCUGGUGGCGGGCGGCAUCAACUGUGAUCCGGACAACUGGACCAUCGACCCGAAGGACAUACCGGAGGGAUACAAUGGUGGUGCGGGCGGGUUUGCACCGUUCGGGUUUGCCGGUAUAAUGGCCGGUGCGGCCAAAUGUUUCUACGGGUUCGUAGGGUUCGAUUGUAUCGCAACGACUGGCGAGGAAGCGAAAAACCCGGAACGCAACAUCCCGCUCGCAAUCGUGAUCUCGCUCAUCAUCAUCUUCCUCGCGUACUUUGGCAUCUCGACGGUGCUGACCAUGGCUUUGCCGUACUAUCUACAAGAUCCGGAAGCACCGUUCCCGCAUCUGUUCGAGUCGCUUGAAUGGCACGCCAUCAAGUGGAUCGUGUCGAUCGGGGCGAUCUUCGCGCUGUGUACCAGCCUGCUCGGUGCAAUGUUCCCGCUACCUCGCGUCCUGUACGCCAUGUCCUCGGACGGAAUCAUCUACAAGAAGCUGCAGACUGUGCAUCCCAAAACGCAAACACCCGUGCUGGCUACGCUGCUGUCCGGACUGCUGGCAGCCAUUAUGGCGGCACUGUUCAACCUACAGCAGCUGAUCGACAUGAUGUCCAUCGGUACGCUGCUGGCCUACACGAUCGUCGCUGUGAGUGUGCUGGUGUUGCGCUACCAGACGGAGGAGCUGCUCAAUAGCUCAGAAAUCAGUGUCACUGUGCCGGAGGUUAUUCGACAGCUUGUGAAUCGCGAGCGUCACGAAGCACCGACGAAACUGUCAUCGGCGGUGGUUAAGUUUAGUGUUUGUAUUUUUGCUGUGUUCGUCUGCGGUGCCUGCGGCAUUCUAGUCCCGGCCGAGGACUACAUCAACACGGACUAUCCGGGCGUCAUCGUUGCACUGGCGCUGCUCGUCGCGCUCCUCGUCCUGCUGUUCAUCAUCAUCUCCCUGCAGCCGACGGACAGCAUUAAGCUUACGUUCAAAGUGCCACUGGUGCCGCUGCUGCCACUGAUCAGUGUGUUCUUCAAUCUGUACCUCAUGUUCCAGCUCGACACCGGUACCUGGAUUCGGUUCAGUGUUUGGAUUGCGGUCGGUUACUUCAUCUACUUCAGCUACGGUAUCCGCCACUCGAUCGAGGGUGAACGGUUGCUCACCAAGGCCGAGCUUGCCGAAUCCAAGGCGAACGGUAUCGACAACACCGGGUACGACGGUGCGUCGGAUGUGUAUGGCCGGAAGGAUUCGCGCCCGGCACCGACGUACGCGAUCGCGCACGAGUCAACGUAGACAGUGGCGGAAUUGUUGGGCCGAUUGUUGCUGGCCUAUCCGUCCCAUUGUACCACUGCAAAUCGUGCGCGACCUCAGUUUCGGGAGGGGUCAGUAUUAUGCCGACAUUAGCAGCAUGAUUCCUAGCCGAAUCAAGCAGUCCUUUCAGUGUAAGAAUUAGCUAAGUACAAACACGAACAGCGAGAGAGAGAGAGAGAGAGAGAGAGAGCAUGUAAAACAAAACAAAGCGACCUAGUGCGUACCACAAAACAAGACAAGAAAAUUCGCACUUAAAGUGAUUGUGAUAAUUAUUGCAUACUAGUGGUUUAAGGUUCGAAAUAGAAACACAUGAAACAACCAAUAGCCCUAGCGGGUUUUGUAUCCUUAUCGUUCGUUAUCCUUCGAUUGGGGGUUUUCUUUUUUCUUUUGGUAGCCAGUUCCCUCCACAUCCCGAGUGAUAUCUUUGCAAAGCCCUUGCUAGGACUUUGAGCUUUGCGAGCUUAUCAAGCUUUAGUCCAUCACACUAAUCUACCUUUACCGAAGAGUCGGACGCUUCCUUUACCAUAACGAGCAUGACGAACGAGACGAAACAAUAAAUCAAUCAAUAAAAACGCGUGCCUCCAAAA